AUGUCUAGUGAUAGAGAACAUUCGCGUGGUGAUCUCUACCACGUCUUCUAUUCCAAAGACGCUCCCCAGAGGAAAGAAUUAAUGAUGGCAAACGUAUCACAGUACGUCGAGGAAGUCACCGAACUUUGGAACGCUACUGACCGCAAUGUGACACAACUAAUCAGUACCACUACGCCAAAAACACACAACCCAGAUAUCCAGCAGAGCAGCUCAGUAGAAACAAUAUCCAUCGUGUGCAUUCUCUGUUUGUUUAGCAUCGUAGGGACGCUUGGCAACGGCUUGGUGUUGUAUGUGUUUACUCGCACCACACAGAAGUUGACGUCUACUAUAUUCAUAAUAGCUCUAGCUGGUACGGAUUUUGUCACGUGUCUGAUUAUAAUACCCUAUACAGUUAUUGCCAUUCAUACAAGCUACGAGUUAGCCUAUGAUGCCGCAUGCAAAGCUUAUCAGUUCCUUAUCACGUGUCCUGUGCCACUCUCUGCGUUCAUCAUGGUCGCCAUCGCUGUCGACCGAUAUAUAUGUAUCUGUCACCCGUUUGCUCAGAUAAUGACCGUUAGGAGAGCCAAAAUUAUUGUGUCAAUAUUAACAGCUUUUGCCGUGAUCUUGGGGAUAAUAACUGCACUAGGAAAUAGUAUUUAUGAAGUGAGAAGAAUUCCAGUAAACACAACUGGUUUAGAGCCUGUCAUAGAAAUACCUGUGAACCACACCGGCGAUAUCUCCUUUUCUACACAAAACGACAUAGUGAAAGGAAGCUACAAUAUCGAGAAUACGCCCAAAUACAUCGAUGUCGUAAAGUUAAAUGGGACGUGUCAGCUGAGUGAAACCAUUUUCUCAUACAAUUUUAUACAAGUGUAUCAAAAGGUUUACUCUCUGCUCUUCUUGUGCUCAUUACUGAUAGUAUUAAUACUGUACAUACUGAUUUACAGUUCAGUCACGCGUCAGAGAGCAAAGCGGAAGGCACAGAAACGGGAAGGGCGUGUAAAACAAGUAAACACUCAAUGCCAAACAGACGAGAGUACAAUGCCUCUGACAAAUAUGGCAAACAAGAAAAACGCCACAAAAUCGGACGCCCAAAACAAUCUUAAGGUUGAAAUGGAUGGUGAAACCGUCAACACGAGGCUUUCGACCAUGAACAGUCAAGCGAAUGGUAACAUUGAGACUUCGGAAACUAAACCGAUUAAACCGACUUCAGUUCGAAAAGCGACCGGAAGUAGUAGUGAUCAGAAAGACAAGAAGGAUCACAAUAGACUUGCAAACAUUAAAACUGCUGUUAUGUUAUUUACUGUCACAGUUGUCUUCAUCACCGCUUUCUUGCCAGCUUGGCUUAUGGCCCAUGGUUGGCUGGAAUUUAACAUGGUGGUGUUCUACAUGUACUUUGCCUACAAUGUUGCGAACCCAGUCAUAUAUGCUUUUAUGAAUCAGAUGUUCAGAGACAAUCUUUGUAAACUCGUUAGUAGCUGUAGGAUGUAUUACAAUAGUCGAAGAACAUAAUUGGCUUUAGAAGCCUCUGGAGUAGGCACGUAAUCUAAGUGUAAAUAAGUAUUCUGUUGUCGCUUGAUAAACCGUGCUGUAUCAAAUUUGUGCAAUGAUUUGGUCACGAAAUCAUAUUUAAAAACAGCAAAUUGCGAAGUAGUAAGGCGUUCGCUUUUUCCGUUUAUAACUGCAACGGUUAGAUGAUUCGCAAGUGAACUUCUGUAUCAGCAUAACAUUUAAGUGGAACCACAGAGAUGGUGUUAGCAAAACAUAUUUUAAUAUACCCCAAAACAGGUAUUUAUUGGUACUGUGUAUUUUGUUCAAUUUAAAUUAGGUUGAAUUAACUUUUAACAUUUUGUGACGAAUUAUCACAAAAAUCUUUUUCGUACGUUUCCUUUUAUGAUAAAUUAAACAAUCAAGCUAACGUGAAUACAUUAAAGUUUUUAAUACGAUAUGCAUGCUGUUGGAACAUUAUGUGAAAAUUUUAGUUUGUUUAAAUUAUUGUUUAAGACUGUGUACGUGUGUGCGCGUGUGCGGAUGUGUGUAUGUGUGUUUGCAUAUGAGCAAGUGCGUGUGUGAGUAUGAGCAAGUGCGUGUGUGCGUAUUAAAAAGUCUGUUUGUGCGUAUAAGCAAGUGCGUAUGUGCGUAUGAGCAAGUGCGUGUGAGCAAGUGCGUGUCUGCGUGUGCGUGUACGCGUAUGCGUGCGUGCGUACGUCUGCGUCCAUGUGUGAAUGUGUUUAUUUCUGUCUGAAACAUUCUUGUUGACUUAACAGGGCUUGCUCUUUCAACAUGAAUACAGUCACCUUAAUUAUCGCUGCCAUUUUUGUGUGAAUAAAUGAUAACCAAGCCUAAUGAUGAUCAAUGUGACGCAUGAGGAUUAGUGGAACAUUUGAAGUUAUCAAGUAAUGAAAACACCGACAAUGGAACAACAACAAUGUAUGUGAGGCGUUUUAUAUAAGGAAAUCACUGGUAUGUCCAUAUAUUGGCAUUAUAUACUUAAGAAUCCGACCCACAAAAGAAACUUUUCUUUGAAGCCCCAUUAACCUAAAUGUUAAAUAUGGAUGUCUGGUGAUCCUAUAAAGUGUUGUUUUCAAUUCAAUGGUAUUAAUUGGCUGAAAGCAAAUAUGCAAACUAAAUGUUUGAAAGUAUAUCAUACAAAACGUUAGAACAGAUUGUGUUUUCACUCUUAAAUUCAACUGCAAUAUGAUGUAAAUGGCAUAUACUAGUAUUGUCAGGCCAAACAAUCUUGUGUGUUAUACAUGUAUUAUGUUUGGUUAAAUUGUUACAGAUUCCUUUUCCAUAAAUUGAUAUAAAAAAAUAAGGCGUCAGCAUUAAUCCAAUAUUCGCAAAUAUGUGGACCUAUUGCCUUAAAGUGGCUUCCUUUGUUUGGUGUGUACAUUUGUUAAACCGAAAAAAGCAAAUUUGUACGAUGGUACGUUUAAUAUACAGCCGAACCGCGUUGGGUCGAACUCCCGGAAAAUUUAAUCCAAGCGGGAAGGCUUAUAUUUAGUAUAAAGGAAUUGUUCCUUUACAUUCAGUUCGAUAAAACGAGAAAUUCGAGCCAAGCGAUUCCGAGCCAACGGGGUUCGACUUUACACAUAUAAGUAACAGCAACUGUUUGUUUUGCCUUGGAUUGACCGAUUAAUGCAGAUAACAUUUAUGUUAUUAAAUCGUUAUUGUAUUAUGUAAAAUGCUGAUAAAUAAUUUGUAUUGAUAAACAUAUUCAAUAUGAUCAUCAUUGUACUUCUUUAGUUACUGUUAGUUUUGACAUCACGAAUGAAUUAGAAUUAUUAUGUUUA